AUGGCUUGGGAUGAAUCCCAAAGGACAAAAGCACCUGUCCUAGCUGAGGAAAAGGAGCUCUGUUAUAAUUCUGAAGUGAACCUUGAGUGCUGCUAUAUUGAUGAAUGUACAGAGGGAAUCAUUGAGUGCCACAACCAUUCCCGCUGUGUUAACCUGCCAGGGUGGUACCACUGUGAGUGCAGAAGCGGUUUCCAUGACAAUGGAACCUAUUCACUUUCCGGAGAAUCCUGUAUUGACAUCGAUGAAUGUGCCUUAAGGACCCACACCUGUUGGAAUGAUUCUGCCUGCAUUAACCUGGCUGGUGGUUUUGAUUGCCUUUGUCCUUCUGGACCAUCCUGCUCUGGGGACUGUCCCCAUGAAGGUGGCCUAAAGAGAAAUGGUCAAGUGUGGACUCUGAAAGAAGACCGGUGUUCAGUGUGCUCCUGCAAGGAUGGAAAGAUAUUCUGCCGACGGACUGCUUGUGACUGUCAGAACCCGAGUGUUGAUCUCUUCUGCUGUCCAGAAUGCGACACCAGAGUUACCAGUCAGUGUUUAGACCAAAAUGGACACAAACUCUAUCGAAGUGGAGACAACUGGACAUACAGUUGCCAACAAUGCCGCUGCCUGGAAGGAGAGGUGGACUGUUGGCCACUCACUUGCCCCAACCUGAGCUGUGAAUACACCGCAAUCUCUGAAGGGGAAUGCUGCCCCCGUUGUGUCAGUGACCCCUGCCUGGCAGAUAACAUUGCCUAUGACAUCAGAAAAACCUGCCUAGACAGCUAUGGUGUGACAAGACUAAGUGGUGCCAUCUGGACAAUGGCUGGAUCCCCCUGCACAACCUGCAAAUGCAAGAAUGGAAGUGUCUGCUGUUCUGUGGAUUUAGAAUGUCUUCACAAUAACUGAAGUAUUUAGCAUGGACUUAUCAGGGUGAGGAAAACAACAGACACAGUGAUCAUUCAAAAUAAUGAAGAAGUUGGGUGUUUUAUACCACAGACAAUUACCAAAGGCUCCAUCAAAUGAAAAUAUUUGGGAGCUGCCUUUUGGGACCUACCACUAUGCUCAUUCUUGCUAACCCUAGUCUAGGUGACUUGCAGUCCAACGCAUAUAAGUCUAUGAUUGUUUAAAAAAAAGUCUCCUGUGUUGUAAAUCACCUCUCUCCCCUAUCAGGUCAUUUGAAAACACACUGAAAUGAUUUCAUGGUAAACUUGGCUGUGAUUUUUGGUUUACUUUGUGUAUUGACAUGAGAGAAACUUGCCCCCUCCCUUCCCUUUUAAUUUCUGGAGCUAGAGUCUAGAUUCUACCAAUAAAGCUUCCUGGUGUGAUUUUUGUCCCAUA